GUUUCAUAACGCCGCACACUCCACGCUUCCGAUGCGCUUUCUCACUCGCCAAUGAUCGCCAAGUUUGCGCGCGGAAAUGAGUACUUCUACUACAAACUUACCAUGGGUCGAGAAGUACAGGCCUCAAAAACUGGACGACUUAAUCGCACACGAAGACAUAAUUAGCACAAUUGGGAGGUUUAUUAAAGAAGACAAGCUGCCGCACCUGCUAUUCUAUGGGCCUCCGGGGACAGGCAAAACAUCUACCAUACUGGCAUGCGCCCAGCAGAUCUACAGUCCCAGAGAAUUCAGCUCCAAAGUACUUGAGCUCAAUGCAUCAGAUGACAGAGGAAUCGGUAUUGUCCGUGGGGAGAUCUUGAGCUUUGCAAGCACAAAAACAAUAUUCAACUCUGGUUUCAAACUGAUUGUGCUUGAUGAAGCUGACGCUAUGACAAAUGAUGCACAAAAUGCAUUACGUCGAGUGAUAGAGAAGUUUACGGAAAAUGCCCGGUUCUGCCUCAUCUGCAACUACCUCUCCAAGAUCAUACCAGCUUUGCAGUCACGAUGCACUCGGUUUCGAUUUGGGCCCCUCACAGCUUCCCAAAUGUCACCUCGUAUCGAUCACGUAAUCACCCAAGAAAGGCUGACCGUCACAGCUGAUGGCAAGAAAGCACUCAUGGAUCUGGCCCAAGGUGACAUGAGGAAAGCACUGAACAUUCUUCAGAGCACAAGCAUGGCCUUUGACGAGGUGAAUGAGACCAAUGUCUACCUGUGUGUGGGUCACCCACUCAAGGAAGAUAUCAGUGACAUCGUCAGCACCCUGCUCAAUGAGGACUUCGCUUUCUCCUACAACCACAUCAACAAGCUAAAGGUGGCAAAAGGCUUGGCUCUUCAAGAUGUACUAACACAGGUCCAUUUGUAUGUCCAUAGAGUUGAACUUCCAGAUAAAGUGAAGAUGUACCUGAUUGACAAAAUGGCAGAAAUUGAAUAUCGACUUGCAGCUGGCACAAGUGAAAAGAUUCAGCUAAGUUCGCUCAUCUCAGCAUUCCAGGUUGCCAGACAGUUGGCUACAUAAUUUAUAAGCUUGUUUAAGGCCCCAAUAAACACACUUCCCAUUCCUU